AUGUCCAAAGCAUACACCAAACCCGCCUACGUAGUGCACAACCACUUCGGCAAAGAGACGCGCGAACACCCCGCGCUACGCUUCAUCGAAGCCCUAGCGCAAUGGUUCGACCAGCCGGACCACAGCAACAAAGAAGACUUCUUCGUCGACUCGUGGUCCAUCAAAACGCCCGACGGCGAGCACUGGGAUGAAGGGCUGGAGAGCUACGAGGACGCCAUCGAGAAGUUUUACAAGGGCCCAUUUGCGAAGUAUAAGCAUAAUGUGUUUACGCUGAUCGCGAUUGAGUCGGAGGAUGGGUACGAUACGUACACGCAGGCGAAUGUGGCGGCCAAUCUUACUGGCAAGGCGGCAAAGGGAGAGCAGAAGGUCAAGGAUUCGCAUGGGGAGGAGUGGGAUGUGCUGGUGCCGGUGUUCUUUCAUCACGAGCUUGUCAAGGUGCCCGGGGCGCCGCAUGAGGGGUUGAAGUGCAGCCAUGUGAAGAUCUUCAAGGACACGGGCGUGGUGAAUGCUAAGCUCGAGGCGCGAGGCGAGAAGGGUUCGGUGUACUGA